UUGAGAGCAGCCACAAGUCAGAGAGCAGCGUGUUCUUCUCUAUGAGCAUCAGGUAGCUCCAUAUACGGAUCGGAGGCACUCAACAGCCCCUCUGGCUCUGUAUCUGCUAGGGCGCACAGAGGGGCAGUGCCAUGCACACUCCUGACUAUGCCUUGCUCCUGAGCGGAGGGAACCAGUCUCGGGGCUAUAGUCCCACCAAUGACUUGAUGAUGGGGACGCCAGAAAACGACACCCUCCACCUGAACGGAUCAGAUCCGUAUGCCCGGAACGAGGAGGUGGCUCAAAUCGAGAUACUGGUCCUGAGCAUCACCUUUGUGGUCGCUGUGAUUGGGAACGUAAGUGUCCUGCUGGCAAUGUACAACACCAAGAAGAAGAUGUCGCGGAUGCACCUCUUCAUCAAACACCUGAGCCUGGCUGACCUGGUGGUCGCCUUCUUCCAGGUGCUGCCGCAGCUCUGCUGGGAGAUCACUUACCGCUUCUACGGUCCGGACUUUCUCUGCAGGAUCGUCAAGCACCUCCAGGUGAUGGGAAUGUUUGCUUCCACCUACAUGAUGGUGAUGAUGACCCUGGACCGGUACAUCGCCAUCUGCCACCCACUGAAAACCCUCCAGCAGCCCACCAAGCGCUCCUACAUCAUGAUCGUCUCCACGUGGAUGUGCAGCCUGGUGCUCAGCACUCCGCAGUAUUUCAUCUUCUCCCUGAGCGAGAUCAAGAACGGCUCGGAGGUCUACGACUGCUGGGCGCACUUUAUCGAACCGUGGGGCGCCAAGGCUUACAUCACCUGGAUCACCGUGGGCAUCUUCCUCGUGCCCGUUGUUAUUCUUAUGAUGUGUUACGGCUUCAUCUGCCACAGCAUAUGGAAAAAUAUCAAGUACAAGAAAAGAAAAACAACUGGUGGGGCCGCUGCUAAGAACGGCCUAAUUGGGAAGAAUUCAGUCAGCAGCGUUACAACAAUCUCCAGAGCCAAACUGAGGACUGUUAAAAUGACUUUUGUGAUAGUUCUGGCGUACAUUGUUUGCUGGGCGCCGUUUUUCACCGUUCAGAUGUGGUCUGUGUGGGAUGAAAACUUCCAGUGGGCUGAUUCUGAGAACACAGCGGUGACUCUGUCUGCGCUGCUUGCCAGUCUCAACAGCUGCUGCAACCCGUGGAUAUACAUGAUCUUCAGCGGUCACCUCCUCCAGGAUUUUAUGCACUGCCUCUCCUGCUGCCUCAGACUGAACCCCGACUACAAGAAGGAGGACUCAGACAGCAGUCUCCGCAGGACAACGCUGCUGACUAAAAUGACCAAUAGAAGCCCAACGGGGAGCACAGGCAACUGGAGAGAGCUGGACAAUUCUCCAAAGUCCUCCAUUCAGGCUGAUUGAUCACACAGCCAGACAACUCUGUUUACAGGGGUGGGAAAUAAACUAUGUAUUGCAGGGGAAUCAAGAUUAACAGAUAAGAUUUAACUUAUCUUAGCUUUUGGAUAAAACGGACAGCUUCUUAAAAGCCAAACAUAAUCAAGCCAAUCUAUCAGUUUUUCAUGUAAACAAGAUCUAGUUUGAAAAAAAUCAGAUAGGACAGGGAAUUGCAAAAGUUACUUGUAAUACAUUAUGUUUGUUCUUAUACUGGAAAAUAUAACAGCCUUAAGUAGACGCAACAGAUUUGCUGAGAUUCUCUGUAUUUAUAAAAAGCUCCUCUCCAGGAAUACAGAGGCUUUCUGUGUCUCCCUGCAGCUCCGCUAAACACCUUUUCCUGUAAAUGUAAAACAGCAGCCAUGCAGGAGGUGUGUUGUGGUGAAAAGAACUCCUCCAGACAGUCUUUAAGUAAUCGAUACAGCACCUCAUCCUUUGUGUUUAGCUUUCCAUUUGUGUUUUUUUUUUCUGUUCGUUUUUUUUUUUGUCAGAACCAGACAUAAUUUUUUUUUUUUUUUUUUUUUUAAAGCAUCCCUUUCAGCUGCACACACAUACACACACACACACACAUGAAUACAGGACUUUGUGCAUCCACCUUCUUACUAUCCAUUCAUGUCCUUUGUGUGGAUGCUGCAACAAGAAGACCGUUCACCUUGUCACAAACACAAAAGCAGACAAACAAAGAUUAUAGGAGGGUUAGAAAAAAGGGAGGCUAGCCACAGCUGGAAGGGCCUACCUAUGAACCUCCGGAUCCGUCCUCCCCCUCCCCCUCCCUGUGGCGUUCACAAAAAUCUUGGGGGUAGCUUACACAUUCCAAACAUGCUACGUCAACACACUCCCCCCGCCCCCUUCCUCCGUCCUCCCUCCGACAUCCUGCACCGUUGCGGGGGGUCUGUUGUGUGGCUUGUGUUGCACUCGUGAAAAAAAAAAACUUUCCUCACAUUAUUUUGCACGCAGCACCAGAAUGGUUCCCAGACCACCUUUACAACCCCACAUGCACAUUGCAUGUUGUAUGAAGGCACUUGUAUCUUACUGUUUUGUAUAUUUGUACAUAAAAAGGCAUACGUGUAAAUAGGAGUAAUAUUUGUAAAUCUGUUCAACAUGAAUUCUAUUUGUCUGUACUGGCUUGUGAACAUUGAAAAUAAUGGAAAUAUCUUCUAAAUAUAUAUGUAAAAAUAUACAUGUUGAUGCACUGUUUGCUACACUGGCUCCGUGUUGUGUUUUUCGCAGCCACAGCUCAUUUCACUGUUUAGGCUUCAUUCAGUUGCUACACAACCUCUGCAAUCUCCAGUGUUAUUGUUGCUUAAGAUUGAUUGAGCAAUUUUGAGCUUAUAGAGCAUCUCCAGCCAAUCCAAGCACUUACAUGCUGCCAAGAUCAAGGAUUAUGAAACAGAAUAACAAAGACACUCUAUUAAUAAGAGGCUUCUAGUCAACAAGCUGUCCACCUCCGCAAGACUUCCAACAGAAAAUGUAAACAGAAUGUAAAUGUACCUGUUUCUGUAAAUAAACAUAAUACAGCUGUU